UUUUUAGCUUUCGCAUCAUCAUUGACGACAGCCACAGCCACGGCCACGUUAAUCUUCAACACCAAUCCCCUCUCUACCAAAACACACCAUCUACCUCUACUUCUACCUCUACCUCCACCUCCACCUCCCCCUCCCAUCAUGUCAAUUUGGGACAAGCUUACUGGGCGCAAGUCGUCCUCCACCACAUCGUCAUCCACCACCUCUCCAACAUCAAAUUCAACCCAAGACUCCUUCCAACCCGCUGCUCCUGCUCCUUUUGAUCCCCAAGAGGCCCAAGAUGUUUCUUCCUUUCUCACAGGUCCUGCCUUCGCAGACCCAUCUCAAUUACAUCCCCUUGCUGGUCUGAAUCAACAAACCCUGGAUUAUUUGUCUUUGGAGGACUCGGCGCUUUCGGAUCUUCCUGGUUCGCAAUCAGCUUUGCCAUCGCGGGGAUGGUCAGACGAUCUCUGCUAUGGUACUGGAGUAACAUAUGUCACUGCGCUGGGACUGGGGGGUGCCUGGGGACUGCAAGAGGGUUUGAGGAGAUCAAUCAACCAACCCCCAAAAUUGCGACUGAACUCGGUGCUCAACGCAGUUACGAGGCGAGGACCUUUUUUGGGAAAUUCGGCAGGUGUUAUCGCAAUGGUUUAUAAUGGUAUCAACUCCUUCAUUGGACACACGCGCGGAAAACACGAUUCGGUGAACAGUAUCGUGGCAGGUGCUUUAAGUGGAAUGCUCUUCAAGAGCACUCGGGGCGUUCGACCUAUGAUGAUUUCCGGAGGAAUUGUGGCAUCAGUUGCUGGCGCAUGGGCCGUAAGUAAUUGCUCGCUUCAUCAACGAUAUACUAGCUAACAUUCAUGAUACAGGUUAUGAGAAAGGCAAUCUUCUAAGAACUUAUGACUGGAUGCUUCUCUUACACCAAAACAAGCGACCGCUCUCCCUUUCUUUCAUAGCCCUUCCGCACAUUUCCUCAACCUCUGAGCCUUUUAAGCUCACACUCUUGUAUUAGAACUUUAAUUUGUCUUGUUGGUGUUAGAUCCAUUUAAUGGGAAUUGGGAUGCAUAAGCGACAAAUGAUCUCUCCUCUGCCUACGGGCAUAUUUGUGUACAUAUAGAUGAAAUGGGCGGA